AACAGAUUUUACCCUGAAGUUCAUAACCUCGUCCUUCUCUCCUGCAACACCUCAAAAACCCCAUUUUCCUUCUCACAGAUCCUCAAACUUUCAUCAACCAAAAAACAAAAUCAAUCUCCAUACAAAUUCAGCAUCUGGUUUCCUUUCGAUCUCGAUCUGCAUCUCCGUCAGUAGAAAUACUUUGCUGUGUGUGCUUCAUUGGUGAUGAGAGAGAAACAAAAUGCGAACACCAUCACCAAGUGUAGCUCCAUUGAGCAGUUGUAGUACAAGCAGAAGUACCAGCUGUACACUUGUAGGUAGAGGUGUUGGUGAAGACGAUCAACAUUGGAGGAAUUUCGAUAACUCGGUCAGUGCGGUGUCGUUUGGACUUGUCGCUACUGCAAUUCUCAUUUCUAUGUUCCUUGCCAUGGCUCUGUUUGAAAGGUUUCUCCGGCCACCUUCCUCCGCCGCCGCAUCCACCGGCGCCCGUAAUCGUGGAGAUCUAGAGUCACAAAUGGUUGCCCAUGGGAAACUGGAAUUUCCAUCUCCAAAAGCUAAUAUUUAUGCAAGAGAAGUUUCUGUAUUAAUGCCCGGAGAAGAAACCCCGACUUUUAUCGCGAAUCCUGUCCCUUCAGUAAACAAGUAAAGAACAUGUUUAGAGGAAUUUUAUUUUUUGGGUUCAUGUGUUUUUAUAUUUAUUUUGUGUAUUUUUUUUUAUGUUUAUUUAAAAUCAUGUAUUUGCAUACUAUACAAAAUGCUACAAAAAAGACAACGCGCCAUCAUUUUAUCGUUUAUUUAAGCAAAUAACGGGGAUGGUUAAUUUGAUAAAUAUGUAUUAGCCAUUAGGUUUAAAUGUUUAUUUAUGUAACAAAGUGUUUUUUAGACAAAACAUAUGAUAACGUUUUGAUGUAGGAAAAGAUAUGCAAUAUUUCACAUGUAAUAUGUUUUGAAGCGUGGUAAAUAAUUUGUUUUGGUUAAA